UGUUCGGCGCACACAGCUGUCAACGAAACGUCAAAAUCAUUGAGUUUCUUGGGAAGAAAAAUAAUCAAAACACGUGAAAAGUGAGAAAAGAGUGAAGAAAAUGGGAAAUAAUUUGUGAAUUUCACCAGAUAAAUCUCAAAAGAGCUCGGAAAUUGCGUAAAAGUGAAAGAAUCCCGCGAGAAUAUGCCAAAAAAACGAAAGGGACGUGGUGGUCGACCUGCGGGACGCAAAGCAAAAAUUCCGGAAGCCCCCAAGAGCCCUCAGGAGUCCGAGAAAGAGGAUGUUGAUUCGAAGGAAAGUGCCGUUCAGGAGCCCCAUAGGGUCGAUCCGGAGGUAAAAACGGAAGAUUCCGUGGAGAUUAUGAUGAUUGAGGAGUCCCCAUCGAAUGACACCACAGCCGAUAGCGUUCAGGUGAAUGUCUCAAUAAGCGGGGAGUACGAUAUAAAGGGGAAUUGUGCGUAUGUUGUGGAGAAGGAGCUUCCGGAAGUGGUGGAAUCCCCACAAAUGCACGAAGCUUCCCUCCAGGAUGUCGGGGAUGCCUCAAUGGGAUCCCGUGGCGAUGCCUUUGACAUUGAAGAUGAAAUUCCAGUGUUUAAAUUUGAGAAAUUCGGCACAAAGCCCGCGGAGGAGCUUGAGCACGUUCAGGAGGCGAUUGAGAAGAUAAAAAUUGACCAUUCGGAUGUUCCGGAAGCGGGGAAAACGGAAGAAAUGGAAACGGAUGUUAGUUCAUCCCUUCCGGAAGCUACUUCCACCACCCAGGAUGCUGAUGGGGUGACACCCGAAGCUACGCCAGAGUCUACACCGAAUAUUCGUCGUUCAACACGCAUAAAGAGUAUUUCGAAGAUUAAGCAACGUGUCCAGGGGCAUGGGCUUGUGCGGGAUAAGGAGAAAUUGCUGCCAAAGCCUCAGGGGGAGGAGCCCAAGCAGCCGGUGAAGGUUAAAUCCCGCUGGAGGCAUUCGAGUGAGCACGAACAGAAGGCCGUGGAAGUUCCGGAAGCGGCGAAGGAUGCUCCAAAAAAUAAAAGUGAACAGGCAUUGGAGGAAGGAGCAUCACAGGAGGCGCCGAAGGAGGAGCAAAAGGUAAGUGCUGAGGAGGAACGUGUCCGGAAGGAGGCAGAAGAGCAGAGGAAGCGGGAAGUUGAGCAGAAAUUGAAACAAUUCGCCCCUAUUCGGGACAAUAUCUACCACUGCGAGAGGAAUGUGAGCAAAGAGGCAAAGAAGAUGCUCUGUGAUUGCUUCCUGACGCAGGAGGAUAUUGAGCGCGGUGAGCUUGGAUGCGGUGAGGAUUGUCUCAAUCGUCUGCUGAUGAUUGAAUGCGGAUCGAAGUGCAAUGUGGGGGAUCGUUGUACAAAUAGGCGCUUCCAGAAGUACCAAUACUCCCAAUGUCGGGUGUUUUGCACCGAGAAGAAGGGCUUGGGCAUCAUGGCGACUGAUCCCAUCGUUGCGGGGGAUUUUGUGAUGGAGUACGUGGGGGAAGUGCUGAAUUCGGGGCAAUUUGACGAGCGUGCGGCGAAUUAUUCGAAAGACAAGAACAUCCAUUACUACUUCAUGGCUCUCCGGAGUGAUGCCAUCAUUGAUGCCACAAUUAAGGGGAACAUCUCCCGGUACAUUAAUCACUCAUGCGACCCCAAUGCUGAGACGCAGAAGUGGACAGUUAAUGGGGAACUUCGCGUGGGAUUCUUUGCAACGCGCGACAUAGCUCCCGGGGAGGAGAUCACGUUCGAUUAUCAGUACCAGCGAUACGGGAAAGAGGCUCAGCGAUGCUACUGUGAAGCUGAGAAUUGUCGUGGAUGGAUUGGGGAGGAACCGGACUCAUCUGAGGAGGAGGAAGAUGACGACGAAGAUGCCGAUGAUGAGGAAAGUGAAGCAGAAGUCAGCCCUGAGGAAGCCACAGAAGAGAAAGCUCCCAUUGAGGCGGCAGCAGCAGCAACAAAGCAAGCCCCCAAGCCGCGAAGACGUGAGCCCAAGGCACGUGAACCGAAACCUCCCAAAAAGUCCCCAACACGUCGUCGUGGGUUGAAGAAGAAACGCCCGGAAAUUCUCGAAGAUCCCGAUUUGGAUGACGAAAUUGACCUUCUCACCGUGACAGGGCUGAAAAAUCAAGCUCAAACCCUCAAACUCUCUCGUCUAAUGGUCCGUGCGAAGGUCCAAGGGGCACGCAGUAGGCUCCUGACUCUCCUACGCAAUGGGGAACUUCCCUGCAGGCGCCUCUUCCUGGACUAUCACGGCCUGCGGCUCCUCAGUGGGUGGAUGGUGGACGGAGCAGCGGCGCAAAGCCCAACAUUCCGCCUGGAGAUUCUGGAAACUCUCAAAGCACUCCCAAUCCCCAAUAAGACCAUCCUCAAGGAUACCGGAGUGAUGGGGAGUGUGGAGAAGUGGUUGGGCUGUGCCGGUGCCCCAUCGCCGGAUGACACAUCCCCGUCGGAUAAGAGCACAGAGAGUCCACCGAGUGAAAAUUCCAGUGCAGCACAGACCCCCCAGACUACCCCACAGGGAACUCCGGCUCCUCCUGGCCAAUCCGGGCAGGACACGGCAACGACGCAGGAGAAGCCACAACCGCCUGAAGGAACAGCAGCAGCUACAGCAGCAACACUUCCAGAAGCUCCUCCUGCUGAAAAUCUCGAAGUGAUCAAUGCAUCGAUAAAAGAUCUGGGAAAGAAUCUCGUGGAGAAGUGGUUGAGCCUCCCGGAGGUGUUUCGCAUUCCGAAGAAGGAGCGCAUUGAGCAAAUGAAGGAGCACGAGCGUGAGGCUGAUCUGAAGUACAUGGCCUUGGGGUUGCACAUUGAGGAUGAGGCACGUGCAGGGGAGCGUCGCAAUGAGUCGCGCUACAAGAACCCCAAAGAGGAGCCACGGAAGAUUCCGGCGGAGAUUAAGCGUGAUCGUGGGGAGGAUCAUGUGAUGAGUAAGGCGCAACGACGACGCCUGUUUGCCAUGCAGGCGGCUGAGCAGAUGGCCGUGCGGAGGAGGAUGGAUGAGUGGUCACAUCAUGAAUUCCGUUGCACGUACUUCGGGUUGGAUCCCUUCGGGACGGCUGCUGAGGAUAUUCCGUCGUGGGUGGAUCCGGAAACGGGGCAGUGGUAUGCGUAUGAUCUGACUGAGGUGGAAACACCCAAAAGCUACGCACACAUCCCAGCUCCAGCGAGGCCAGCUUCAAUAAAUAUCGAAGACUACGAAUUACCGCCGUUGGAUUUACCAGAUGGCUGGGAAUAUGCGUUGGAUCAGAAGGGGCAGAUCUACUACUAUCACAGGAAAAUUCGUCUCUCUCAGUGGGAGCCACCGAUAAAGAUUCUUCCCCUUGGUGAGCAACAGGAUGCCCUCAGUGUGGACAAUGUGACUGAAUUGCCGGACGUUGUGGAUUAUGGGGAUAGUAGCACAACGGAUACGUAUGAUAGUGAAGAGGAGGCGCUCGAAAAGAAAAUUUCAAAGAUAAAGGAACUACAGAAGAUGGGAAUAGGUCCGUCGGUUAUUGCAAAGCUUCACUUUUGUGAUCCGGAAAGUGAGGAGGAAGCCGAAAGGGGAGAAACGGAGGAGAAAACAGGAGAAAUGGGACGUGGACGGUGCAGGACACGCCUUGCAGAGUACAGGGAGAUCAGUCCCCGUCGCGAGGAGGACAAGCUGUACAGCCAGAUGGAGAUGAAGCGCUACAGGGAGACCAAAGAGAAGUUAAGGCGUCGAAAGGAGGCGCUGAGGAGGCGAAAGAUGACCACAAGUACGGAUUCCUCAACGGCGGCCAGCGAAGUUGCUGCCGAGGAUGAGGACAAAGACAUGGAGGAGGUGAAGAAGAGUGACGAAGCAGGAGCUGUUUGUGAUUCAACGUCGGAUUUGUUAAUUGAGAAGAUUGUUUUGGGCAAUAGUCGUGUGGAUGAGCUCGAUGAGCCCCUAAGGCAUGCGCAGAGUAUUAAAUUGAAGCAGAAAUUACUGCGGAAGAAGCGAAAUAUGAAGCACAAGUCAAAGAGUCACAAAAAGGUAAAGUUGGAUGAUGCAGCGAAUGAUUCCCAGGAUGCUGGAGCACAGAUGCGGAAGAUUAAGGAGCUAUUUAAGACAAACAUUGCAGGGGUAAUUGUUCAGCAUCUCAAUCCCUAUCGCAAGGAAACGUGUACAGUUGGGAGGAUAACAAAUAAUGAAGAUUUCAAGCAUUUAGCUCGAAAGUUGAGCCAUUUUGUCAUGCUGAAGGAGCUGAAGCAUUGCAAUGCAGUUGCAGAGCUCACAGUUACGGAGUCCGUGAAGAUUAAAUCACGCGAAUUUAUACGGAAAUAUAUGGCAAAAUUCGGGGAGACGUACGUUAAACCCGAGAAUGAGCCGGAAUUUAAAGAAUAAAAGAGAAUGAUUGUUUAGAAGAAUAGAGAUGAAAGAAAUUUUAUGAAAAAAAAAUUCUAAGCGAUUUUUAUACAUAGAAGAAAAAAAUAAUUAAAAGGUGGACUGAUUAUUGAGAAGACUCUUCUCACAGCUUCAAAUUCUUUGCAAAAUAUAAGAAAAAAAAUGAAUAAAAUUUAAUUAAAAACAGUUAAAAA